AUGCAGCUCGUAAAGACUCUCUCCGUCGUGGCUCUGGCCACCGGCGCUGUCGUUGCCAUGCCCGCACACCAGAAACGCGAGUGGAGGGGUGGCGGCAACAGAUGGUGGCAGCGUCCCAACCCCAACUCGGUGGUGACCGUCACGGCAUAUGAUGCCCAACCCACGGACUGGAAUGCGGCUGCCAGCCCGUCAUCCACCUCCACUACAACAGCGGAUGUUGUCGUGUCUGCCACACCGGCCGCUGGUGGUGAAUGGUUCAACAAGCCCGCCCCUGAAGCGCCUGCUCCCCAGCCGUCGUCUGCUCCUGCUGACAGCUGGGCUCCUGCUGCUCCUGCUUCAACCCCAACAUCUGCCCCCGCCAGCACCGGCGCUUCCGGAGGUCAGGGCGACUACAUGUCCGUCGUUUCCAAGAUGCGUGCUGCCGGCGGCCUCCCACCUCUCACCCAGGACAGCAAGCUUGAGGCUAAUGCCCUCAAGACCAGCCAGGAUAGCACCAACGGCUUGCAACACGAAUUGAACCCUGGCACCUUUGCCCAGGUCCUCGCUCCUGGCAGUCCCGAUAACUUUGAGAGCGUCUACGUUGGUGGCUGGCUGUGCGAACUCCCCAACCUCCCGGGCUUGGACGGCAUCUGCAGCUCCGCCGCUCAAGGUUGGGAUCAUUCGAACGGCGAGACAGGCCACGCUGAGAUUUUGACCAGCACCAAAUACAGCAAGAUUGGCUGUGCGAUUUCCGGUACCGGCGUGACCUUGCGUGAUCAACCUUUCUUCACUUCACAGAUUCACGAAACCUACUACGGCUCCUAA